AUGGCCGACGCGAUCACCGAGGGCGCAGCCAAGCUGGUGCUUGACCAUGUGACGGGUGAGAUGGUCUCCAAGAACGAGCUGAAGAAGCGCUCCCAGAAGCGCGCGAAGAAGGCUGCUACCGAGAAGGCCAAAGCUGCCGCUCACGCUCCCGCCCAGCCCAAGCAGACCGCCCCCAAACCCAAGACGAAGCUCGAAGAACCUACCCUCGACCCCGAAGCCAUGUUCAAGGUCGGCUUCCUCGACGACGUACACAAAGAGCGGCCGGUAAAGCCCGUCGUCACGCGAUUCCCCCCCGAACCGAAUGGUUUCCUCCACAUUGGCCACGCCAAAGCAAUCACCGUCAACUUCGGCUUUGCCAAGUACCACGGUGGCAUUACCUACCUGCGCUACGACGAUACCAACCCGGAGGCCGAAGAGGAGAAGUACUUUGUUGCUAUCGAGCAGAUGGUACGGUGGCUCGGUUUCAGCCCCUAUAAGAUCACCUACAGCUCCGACAACUUCGACAAGCUCUACGAGCUGGCCGAGAAGCUCAUCGGCCUGGAGAAGGCCUACGUGUGUCACUGCAAUGAUGAAGAGAUCAAGAAACAGCGUGGCGGCGAGAGCCAUGGCCCGCGAUUCCGAUGUGCCCACGCCGAGCAGAGUGUCGACACGAACCUGGCCGAGUUCAGGGGAAUGCGGGACGGCAAAUACAAGCCCAGGGAGGCCUUCCUGCGCAUGAAGCAGGACAUCGAAGACGGCAACCCCCAGAUGUGGGACCUGGCUGCGUACCGAGUCCUCGAGAAGCCCCAUCAUCGCACCCACUCAAAAUGGCGCAUCUAUCCGACCUAUGAUUUCACCCACUGCUUGUGUGAUAGCUUCGAGAACAUCACACAUUCACUCUGUACCACCGAGUUCGUACAGAGCCGCGUGAGCUACGAGUGGCUCAACAAGACCCUGGGCGUUUACGAGCCCAUGCAGCGGGAAUAUGGUCGUUUGAGUAUCACCGGUACCGUCCUUUCCAAGCGGAAGAUUAUGAAACUCGUCAACGACAAGCAUGUCCGAGGCUGGGAUGACCCAAGACUGUACACCCUGAGCGCCAUCAAGCGACGUGGUGUGCCUCCGGGCGCAAUCCUGGAGUUUAUUUCCGAACUGGGCGUCACCACUGCGCCAUCGGUCAUCCAACUUGCACGGUUCGACCAGUCUAUCCGAAGAUAUCUUGAACGGACUGUACCAAGGCUGAUGCUUGUUCUUGAUCCAAUCCCUGUGGUGAUAGAUGGUGCCGAGGAACUCGAGGUUGACGUGCCAUUUUCUCCCAAGGUACCCGCUAUGGGCUCCCACGAGGUCCGAUUUACAACGACAGUCUACAUCGACCGCUCCGAUUUCCGCGAGGUGGACAGCAAGGAGUACUUUCGUCUGGCGCCCAACAAGACUGUCGGUCUGCUCCAGGUUCCCCAUCCUAUCAAGGCUGUGUCCUUCAGCAAGGACGAGGCCACAGGCAAGGUCACCGAGGUUCGCGCCGUGUUUGAUAAAGAGACCAAGAAGCCAAAGACUUACAUCCAAUGGGUUCCGUCUGGUUCCCGUGAAGUCCAAGUACGGAUACAUAAUUCACUUUUCAAAUCAGAAAAGCCCGACGACGCCGAGGGAGGUUUUCUGAGGGACCUGAGUCCCGAAAGUGAAAUCAUCUACCCCAGAGCCAUGAUCGAGUCGGGAUUCGACGAGGUAAAGGCUCGUGCGCCAUGGCCUGAAGCUGCGGGUGAGAGCGAGCUCGGCAAGGGUGGUGUCGAGAGCAUACGCUUCCAGGCCAUGCGAGUUGCAUAUUUCACAGUGGAUCCCGAUAGCACGGACGAAAAGGUGGUGCUCAACAGGAUCGUUUCGUUGAAGGAGGAUGCUGGUAAGAGCUAA